ACACUUUACAUUGUCUGUUUCUCAUCGGCAGCCUUUCCUAUUGCCUAUUGCCUAUAGAUCUGAUAAUCACAAACCAGAGGUCUCAGGCCAAAACAAUUCAAGCAGUGCACACACACACAACACAGUAUCCUGUGAUAGAACCACUAUCAGCACCUGACACCUCGAAAACAGGAAAAACGUUUCAGCAGUAACACAGAUGUGUUGGAGUGUUUGGAGGAGGAGCAUGAACACAACUAUAUAACCCCUGUAGACCGAAACCUCAACUUCACUCCGCUGAGAAAGGAGAGGGGACUGCCUCCAUCAUGUCUUACUAUGAGCAUAUCGUCUUUGACUACAAUGACACAGGAUCAGGUUCUGGUUCUGGUGACAUGGGGAGCGAUCUUGAGGAGCCUUGUGAUGUGGCGCACAUAAUGACUGCUGACCUGCAGCAGGUGUUCUUGCCUGUGGUCUUCACGCUCAUCUUCACCCUGGGCAUCACCGGAAACGGCCUGGUCGUCAUAGUGUUGGGCUGCCAACGCAGGUCAAAGUGCAGUCUCACAGACCGGUACCGCCUCCACCUGUCAGCUGCUGAUCUCCUCUUUGUCCUGGCACUACCGUUCUGGGCCGUGGAGGCAGCCCUGUCUGACUGGCGCUUCGGAGCGGCCACCUGCAUCGGUGUGCACGUUAUCUACACCGUCAACCUGUACGGCAGCGUGCUCAUCCUGGCAUUCAUCAGCCUGGACCGCUACCUGGCAGUGGUCCGAGCCACGGACACUAACACCGGUGGGCUGAGGCAGCUGCUGGCACACAGACUGGUUUAUGUGGGUGCCUGGCUGCCUGCUGGCCUCCUGGCAGUGCCUGACUUGAUAUUUGCCCGGACUCAAGAAGGAGGAGAAGGGGCCACUCUGUGCCAGCGAUUCUACCCAGAAGCCAAUGCUCCUCUCUGGGUUGCAGUCUUCCACCUCCAGCUGGUCCUGGUGGGUCUGGUGAUCCCAGGCCUGGUCCUCCUGGUGUGCUAUUGCGUCAUUGUCACCAGACUGACCCGAGGCCCUCUGGGAGGCCAGAGGCAGAAGCGGCGUGCGGUAAGGACCACCAUCGCGUUGGUUCUCUGCUUCUUCGUGUGCUGGCUGCCCUAUGGAGCGGGCAUCUCUGUGGAUGCUCUGCUGCGCCUGGAGAUCCUGCCCCGCAGCUGCAGCCUAGAGAACGUCCUGCGCGUGUGGCUGGCGGUGGCUGAGCCCAUGGCAUUUGCUCACUGCUGCCUGAACCCGCUGCUGUACGCCUUCCUGGGGGCUGGGUUCAAGAGUUCAGCCCGCAGAGCCCUCACACUGAGCCGGGCCUCCAGUUUGAAGAUUCUACCACGAAGACGCCCCGGGGCCUCUACGACCACAGAGUCCGAGUCCUCCAGUUUACAUUCCAGCUAGUGUUUGCUUGUGUUGUAAAAAUGUGUAUAUACUGUGUAUUUCUGUGUGUGUGUGUGUGUGUGUGUAAGGACACUUACAUAAAGUAUCUGAGAAAGUAAGGACACAGUCUGCUGGCCCAUGACUUGUCUCUCCCUCACCGUUGGGUUUCUCUUGUAAAUACUGUUAUUAGAUUUGUUUUCAGUGCUGCUGUACUUGUUGUAAAUGUUUGUAAUAAAAUAUAA